AUGAAUAAAGAACUUAAUAAUUAUAAAAAUGAAUAGCAAAAUUUGAUAAUUACAACAGAUAGAGAGAAUAAAGAAAGUUGGUUUGGGAGAUUGUUUUAUUUGAAUAUUUAUUCACUAAUGAAAGUUUAAAAAUAUAUUAUUUUUAGAAUGCAUAAUCUCAUUAGUUAAAUGAAGAAGAAUUAGAAGAAUAUUUUAUAUAAUAAUCAUCAGAAUCAUUGCAUGAAUAAUUUUCAGAAUUCUAAAAAUAAAACUUAAGUUCUAGUUUAACAAUAUAGCUGUUAAAGUUUUUUGUUAGUAUAUUUAUAGUAAUUAUUAGAAAGGUUCUUCAAAAUAUAUUGUAUACAACUUAUUUAAUUGGGUAGUCAACUUUUAAUGCCAUUGAUAAUCCAUUAUGUGUUGAUUUAUGUUUCUAAUGAAGAAAAAACAAAAUCAGAUGGUAUAAUUCUAAUUUCCAUUAUUUUUGCAGUAAGAAUUAUAGGUAUAUUAACAUAAUCUCAUUCAAAAUUGAUGUUAGUAAAUAUCAUUAUAUAUAUUAAAGAUUUUAGCUGGAUAAGAUGCUAUGGCAAUAGUGAGUAUGUAGAUUAUGAAUAAAUGUUUAAAAUUAUCAACUCUAAGCAAUACAUAACGUACUAUAGGAGAGAUAACAAAUUUAAUUUAAGUAGAUGCAUAAAAAAUGGUAUAUGCUUCAAAUAAUCUAUUGAAUAUAUCAAUCAUUCCAAUAUAAACAUGUAAAUAAUAAUUAUUAUAAUAGUAAUUACUUUGAUAUACAUAUAUAGAGAAAUAGGUUUUACUGUAUUUGUUGGUAUUAUCAUAAUAGUUUUGACAUUUAUUGCAAAUCAUUUUCUUGGCAAAAAGUUAUUAUUGUCUUAAAAGGCUGUUCUAAAAAGCAAAGAUGAUAGAAUCAAAUAAACUAAUGAGGUUUUCUAAUAAAUAAAAUUCAUAAAAAUAAAUGCAUAUGAAUCUAUAUUUUAAAACAAAAUAGAAUAAUUGAGAGAAGCAGAAAGAAUAUGUAUAAAGAAGAGAUUAGAUCAUUUUUCUUUUAAUGUAUUUUUUGGUUGGCUUUCUCCUUAAUUGAUAUUAAGUUUAAGUUUUGGUGUUUAUGCUUAUUUAGGAAAUGAAUUAACUCCUAGUAAAGUAUUUCCCAUUAUUAGUUUGCUUUUAAUGUUAGCAUCUAAUUUAUAAAUAUUACCAAUUUCAUACAAUUCAUUAUAAGAAGCAUUAUUAUCAUUAAAAAGAGUAUCAACAUUUUUGGAGACAGAUGAAAUCAUGAAUAAAUGCAUAGAAUAAUUAGAUUAUAGAGAUACUAAUAUAGCAAUAAAAAUAGAAUAAGGAAAUUUUAAUUGGAAUAGAAAUUAGAUAGAGAAGGAGAGUUUUCCAAUUUUAAAGAAUAUCUCUUUAAUAAUUUAGCCUACUUAAUUUAUAUCUUUGAUUGGAGAUAUUGGUAGUGGGAAAUCAUCCUUAAUUUAAGCUUUAAUAGGAGAGAUGGUAUAUAAAGAGGGACAUUAAUAGCCUCAUGUAUAAAUAUAUGGAGAUAUAGCAUAUGUUGGAUAGAAAGCAUGGAUAUAAAAUGGGAGUGUGAAGGAUAAUAUUUUAUUUGGUAAAGAGUUCCAUUAAACAUCUUAUGAAAAUGCAAUUUAUUAUUCUUGUUUAAAUUAAGAUUUAGAAAUAUUAAUAGAUGGAGAUUCAACAAUAAUUGGAGAAAAAGGAAUUAAUUUAUCAGGUGGUUAAAAAGCAAGAAUAAGUUUAGCAAGAGCAAUUUAUAGUGAUGCUUCUAUAUAUUUAUUAGAUGAUCCAUUAAGUGCUGUUGAUAUACAUGUUGCCAAUUUUAUAAUGAAAGAAUGUUUCCUUAAAUAUUUAAAGGAUAAAACUAGGAUGUUAUGUACUCAUACUUUGAACUAUUGUUAAUUUACUGAUAAAAUCUAUCUUAUAUAAAAUGGAGAGAUUACAGAUUAAGGGAAUUAUCAAUAUAUGAAAUAAAAUUAAAAGUUUUUAGAAAUAGAAUAAAAGUUUAAUACUAAAACAGAAGAACUUAUAGAAAAUGAUUUAUAGAAGAAUUAAAUAUAAAAUGAUAUGUUAUAUAUGAAUACAUCUUCUGCAACAAAAAAAUAAAAAGAAUUCAAAGAUAAAGAAGAAUUAAUAUUAAAAGAAGAUCGUUAAUCUGGAGAUAUUGAUAUUUCUGUUUAUUAGAAGUAUUUUUUAUAUAAUGGUGGUUUUACAAAUUAUAUGUUCUUAUUUAUUGUAAUGAUAAUGUGGAUAAUUGUUUAAUUAUUCUCUAAUCUUUGGAUUGCACAUUGGUCAGAAGAUUUAUACAAUUAAGAUUACAAUCAAAAGACUUAUAUGAUUGUUUAUUUGUGUUUAGGAAUAUCUUAAGCAAUAUUAGCAUAUGGUAGAGCAGCUUCAAUUGCUAAUUCAAGUGUUAAAUCUACAACAAUAAUACAUAAUCAAAUUAUUAAAUGUUUACUUAAUGCUCCUUAAUGUGAAUUUUUUGAAAGAGUUCCUACAGGAAGAAUCAUGAAUAGAUUAACAAAGGAUAUAAAUUCUUUAGAUAUAGAAAUCAAUAUGAAUUUAAGUUUUGCAUCAACUAAAAUAAGUUAAAUUGUAAGUUCUACAAUAAUUGGUUUAAUAGCUACAACAAAAUUGAUAAUAAUACCAUUACUAUUUUUCUUUUAUUUAAGUAUCAAAAUUUAAAGAAUUUACAUGAAAGCUAGUAGAGAAUUAUAAAGAUUAGAAUUAAUAAGUAAAAGUCCAAUAUUGAGUUAUUUUGUAGAAUCAUUAUAAGGUUUAUCAACUAUAAGAGCUUUCUAAAAGUCUUUAUUAUUUCUAUCUAAUUUUAGUCAAAAAUUAGAUAGAAAUAGAUAAAUUAUAUUUAUUUCUAAUCAUGCAAGUUGUUGGUUUAAUUAAAUUUUAGGAUUUUUAAGUUUAAUAGUAAAUAUGUUUGCCAUUAUUUAUUGUAUACUUUUUUCUGAUAAUGCUCCAUUUGCUGGAUUAAUUUUAACCUAUGUAUCCAGCUUAGAUAUUAAUACUUAACAAAUGAUUGAUACAUUAGGAUUAAUAGAAAAUAAUAUGAUAUCAUUUGAAAGAUGUCUAGAUUUUACUAAAGUUCCUUAAGAAAAACAAAAUCAAAAUUAACCACCUUAAAAUUGGCCAAUAUAUGGGAAGAUAGAAUUUAAAGAUUUAUCUGUUAGAUAUAGGCCUAAUUUACCAUUUGCAUUAAAAGAAUUUUCAUAUAUUAUUAAUUAAAAUGAAAAAAUAGGAAUUGUUGGUAGAACUGGAGCAGGAAAAUCUACUAUUACACUCAGUUUAAUAAGAAUAUUAGAAGCUAAUGAAGGUCAAAUUCUAAUUGAUGAUAUUGAUAUUUCUUAGAUUUCAUUGUAGAAACUCAGAUCUUCAAUUACUUCUAUUUAAUAAGAUGCUGUUAUAUUUCAUGGAACUAUUAGAUAAAAUUUAGAUCCUUUAGGAUAAUGUCAUGAUGAUGAUAUAACAAAAGUCUUAUAUGAUUGUUGUUUAGAGAAACUUUUAAAUGAAAGAAAUGGUUUGGAUACAAUGAUUAAUGAAAGUGGAGAUAAUUUAAGUGCUGGAGAAAAGUAAUUGAUUUGUAUUGCUCGAGCUAUUCUUAAAAAAGCUAAAAUUAUAUUGAUAGAUGAAGCAACUGCCAAUAUAGAUUUAGAAACUGAAGAAAGAAUCUAAAAAGCUAUAGCAAUAGCUUUUAGAGAUUGUACAGUUAUAACAAUUGCACAUCGUAUUAAUACAAUCAUGAAAUGUGAUAAGUAUAAAAUUAUUUUAAUUAAGAAUACUUGUCAUAGAUAAUGGUAUAUUAAUAGAAUCAGGGGCAACCAAAGAUUUGUUAAGCAAUAAAUCCUCUGUUUUUUAUAAUAUAUAUUAAGAGGUAAUGAAUGGUUAAAAAUCAAUUAUAUGA